UGACUCAACUUCCUCCUCCAGUUGUGACUGCUGGUUUACUUUAGCUAGCUGACAGACUCAUCAGGGCGGACAGAUAACCAUGUCUGGUCCAAGUGGGAAAAAGAGACUUGGAUCUCGUCGAAAGGUGGGAAAACGUGUUGAUAUGCCAGAGGAUUUGAGUGUAGCAGAUCCGUCACCUGUAGUACAACCGAAAGAGAGUGCUGCAUCUUUCAGUGUGUUAUCUAAUGAAGGCCAAACCCCUUUGGAAACUCAUUGGAUACUUUCAUCAGAGCAGAAAUUUAGCAGAAGAAAGCUUGGCUCAAGCAGGCAAAGUAAAAGACACAAUGCUGAGGAGUCGUCUGUUGAACCAUACCACAAACCUACAGAGGAAGUUGAGCAAAAUGUCAGUAGAGAAAAACUCCAAACACACAUGACACCAGCAGCACAAGCACUUACACAAAGAGAGUUUAGUGAGCUAGACUAUUAUGAUUCAAUUUAUGGAACACAUUUGUAUUCAGCCUACACACCUGGUCAUGCUUUGGAGCCUUUGAAUCCCAGCUAUCUGGAUGCUGAAGUGGAGAUACAUCAACCCGUAAGUGGAAAAUUGCAUUUGGAUCAAGAUGCUGGAGAAAGUGACUGUAAGCGGGUUAUUGGUUUCUAUAAACAAGUGGAAAACACGUGCAGACAUAGGCAAGUUAAGGAACAACUACAUGAUCAAUCAGAGUUCACAAUGGAAGUGCCGCAUAUUUCUAUGGAUGCAGAAAGGGAAGAUAUAGAAUCUUUACAGGAUGACCUUUUUAAUGUCAAAUCAAAGGAAAUACAUUUUCUGGGCUAUCCAGAGAGAUCCCCUGAAAAAAACAGCUACUUUGAACAUGCUGAGAUGAAAAACAAUGUUGAGCAAGUGAACUCCUCACCAUUUGGGGAACUGCCUACAAAUGAGGAACAUGGGCCUUUUCACUGUUCAGUCAGAAGUGCUCAGGUUCCAAACCAAUUUGAAAUAAAAGAGAUGAAGUCAUCCAAAUCUGACCAAAUGAGUUACACUGAAAUUGUGAAACCUGAAAAUAAGGAAGAUAGCCAAGAAUGUCCUGGAAAUUUGACAGAGGAAACUGGGGGAGCGCAUCAAGUUGAGUUGAGUGUAAAAAGCCCAUCUGAUUCAGGUUUAAAUCUACAGGACAAAUGGGAAGCACAGCUUUGGAAAGAAGACACAGAGGUGUUGUACCAGAAAGAUAAUCGUCAGGCACCUGAUACCAACAAGGCAAUGAUCAAUGUAGAAAAAAUCAAAUCUGCACCUUUUCAGGAAAAUUACAUCAACGACCAAGUAGAGGCUGAACGGGUGGAAUCUAAUGGAAUCUUGAGUACAAUGCUGGACGGGGAUUUGUUUGCACAAAGUGUACAACCAGAGAAUAUUGUUGUCUUUGAAUCCCAAAGUAAGGACAACAAUGCAAGUACAGAUGUGAAGAGAGACUUCUUCAGCCCAGCUAGGAACAGGAGAAAAUUGGGGUCUCGUCGCCGGAACAAAGGAAGCCGUGAAAUGGUCUAUGCUGCUGAGACGGGCAGUGAUGAUGAUGACGAUGCUGCAAAGAAAAGCCAUGACGGUAAUGAUCCCUCUAAAAUGAAAGAAGUGACAUGUACAAUAGAAGCAGCUGAGAAGGAAACAAUGCAGCUGAAAGUAAUGGACAAUUUAGAGACUCUUAGAGGAAAAAUCCAUUCAAACACAACUGUACCCCAACUGCUAACUGAGCAAUCAAAUUACAGGAAGAUUCCAGAGAAGGACAAACUUCCCAUUGUCAACUCCAAAACAAAAGCAGGGGAGCAAAAUGAAACAUUUUUGCAACAGAAUGAAAAUGUAGAUCUUGAUUAUUCGGUGAGUCAACUACUACAUGUGUCUACUGCUACACAGGCGAUAACCACAUCUAACAGCAGCCUUAAUAAAGAUGCAGAAAUUGAGUACAGUGUAGCGAUACCCACAAUUUCUUCACCAAAAGUGGGCACAUCCACAGAUAAACACCGUGAGAACUUUAGCUUUUCUCAAGUCAGAGUAGCUCAACAUCUAGACAAGGAAUUAAUUAAGGAGGUUAAGUUAAUAGAAACGGACCAUAUAAAAGACAGGGAAAUCUUGAUAGAUGAACCUACAGGUGAUGUUGAUACAAAUAUUGAAAACCUUGUCAAUGAAAUUGUGGAAACAUGCACGUCUGACUUAAGUGCAAAAAGCUUUCUUGAUUCCGGGUUAAAUCCCCAGGACAACCAUAAGGAUCACCCUAUGAACGAGCACACCAUGAAGGCUUCAGAGCGGAGAGAUCAAAAGGCUUAUGCAACUAAUACCAUGGAGACAUGGAUCAACACAGAAAAAGACCCCACACAACGUCGGGAACAUGACAUUGAAGCGCAAGGGGUGUCUGAUGUGGAGCGGAGUGCUAAAGGAAUCUUAAGUGGAAUGGCAGAGAGUCAACUGUCUUCCCCAAGUGAGCAACCAGAAGAAAGUUUUGUCUUUGACUCCCAAAGCGAGUACAACACCGCCAGCACAGAUGAGCAAAGAGAGUCAUUGAGAAGCCAGGUAAAAGUCUUUGCCUCUGAAAAGUGCAGUGACUUUAGAGAUGAUGCUACUAGAAACACAAGUGAUGAUGAUGAUAAUCAUCCCGCAAAAAUUAAAGAAGUGACAUUUAAAAUGGAAACAGCUGAGAUGGACAAUUUAGACACUUUUCAAGGUGAAGACAUGGAUGAUCUAGUGAGAGGAAAUGUACAUGGAGGAUUUUCUCAGUUUAAUACAUUAAAUACACAUUCAAGCACAACUGUAACCCAAUUGCUAACGGACCCAUCAAGUUCCAGGGAAAUGCCAGAGAAGGAAGAACUUUCCGUUGUUAAAUCCAAAACAAAAGCAGGGGAGGAAAAUGAAACUUUGCCACAGAAUGAAAAUGUGCAUGCCGAUUAUUUGGCGAGUCAACUGCUUGUUGAUGCAGUGGUGUCUAUUGCAACACCGGAGAUAAGCACAUCUAAAAGCAGCCAAAUUGAGUACAGUGUAGCAAUAGCCACAAUUUCCUCACCAAAAGCAGACAUGUCCACAGAUGAACAACAAAAGCACUUUAGCUUUCCUCAAGUCAGAGCAGCCCAACAUCCAGACAGCGAUUUAAUUAAGGAGGCUAAAUUAUUAGAAACUGAGGUACAGUUAAAGGUAAAAGUCUUUGCUGCUGAAACGGACAGUGAUGGUAGAGAUGAUGAUUGUUAUCCCAGAGAAGAUAAAGAAGUGACGGUUGAAGACCGAGAAGAAAUUGACAGUUUCAACACUUUUCAAGGUGAAGACAUGGCUGAUCUGGUCAGAGGAAAUGUACAUGGAGGAUUCUCUCAGUUUAUUACAUUAAAUGCACGUUCAAGCACAACUGUAACCCAAUUGCUAACGGACCCAUCAAGUUCCAGGGAAAUGGCAGAGAAGGAAGACGGAGAAAAUGAAACUUUGCCACAGAAUGAAAAUGUACGCGCUGAUUAUGUGGUGAGUGAACCACUCGCCGAUGCAGAGGUGUCUAUUGUGGCACCGGAGACAAGCACAUCUGAAAGUAGCCUUCAUAAAGACGCAGAAAUUGAGUACAGUCUCGCAAAAGCCCCAAUUUCCUCACCAAAAGCAGAAAUGUCCACAGACGAACAACAUGAGCACUUGGACGUUUCUCAAGUCAGAGAUGCUCAGUAUCCAGACUUCAUGUCAAUUAAACACCUUAAGGCUUUAGAAACAGGCCACAAUGAAGACAGCGAAACUUUGAGCCCGGCUAGGAACAGGAGAAAACUGGGAUCUAGUCGACGGAAUAAAGGGAGUCACGUGAAGGUCUUUGCUGCUGAGACAUACAAUGAAUCUGCAGAUGAUGCUGAUGGAAACAACAGAGAUAAAAAGGAUCCCCAAGAAACUAAAGACAUAACGUUUAAAAAAGAAACCGCUGAAAUGCAAAACACUAAAAGAAAUAGGCUUACUAACGAUACCAACAUUGAGUGCGGGCCAACAAAAGGCCCUAAUUUCUUUACCCGAACAGGAAAUGGAGGAACAACGUGAGCAUUUCAACAUUUCUGGAGGAUAUAGUACUCAACAUUUGGAGAACAAUAUCAAAAAAAUGCUUCAACAAAAGGUUAAACCCUUAGAAGUGGCAGCAGAGAGCGCAGGACGGCAAGCAUCACAGGAACACAUGAAGCCAAUAUUCAAAGCCACUGAGAAAAUAGAAGUUGAAGUUGUGAAAAGACUAAGAACUCAAGAGGAAGACUCAAUUUCUCCAAACUCAGACAAGGAUGGAGUUGCCACUUCUCAAGGGGAACUAUCGGACACGUUGUGUAUCUCCAAUGAACAAACCAAUGUUUACUCUAAAUCCGGCUUGAAUGUACGAGACUCGGGAGAAACCUUCCAGGUAAACAACAUAGAGGCUGUAUCUUUAAAGGAAGACUCACUGGAAAGUCUUCUACAAGCAAAGAAAGUUGCCCAGGAAAAAGCUGUGGAGGAAAUAAGGGAAGGGGCAGAAAUGGACGGAGAACACGAUAGGAGAGCCCUGGAAAAUGUGGAAGUGCUAGAGGACGCAGCACAGGCUGGAACAUUGCAUGAAGAGGAAGCAGGAAUUCACCUGGGUCGAGGCUGGCCCGGAGCUUCACGACAGUAGCAGAGAAAGUAACCCGAUGAUACCCGCCACCCGUGAUGUCAUGACUGUCUUUUCAGAACAGCUUUCCUCCCGGGGUGCUAAUCUUUUUACUUCCCAGGGAGCUGAUGUGACGGGAAGUGACAGAGACGUGGUGGUCGGCAUGGAGACAUUUGAACCUGAUUAUGUUCCCGUCUCUGAGGUCCACGUGAUAAGCUCUGUGGAUACAGAGCGUAAGAAAAAACAGCAGCUGCUUUCAGAUGGUGAAUCUUUUUGUACGGCCACAAUUGUCAAUGUAAUGCGAGGCCAAGUUGCAACUCGGCUACCUGGUGAAGAGCAGAUGGGCGCACUAUCAAAUAUACAGGGCGUAAUAACAGAGAGUGCCGGAGCCCCUGAUAAAAACUUGAAGAGUCCCAGUUUGAACUCGACAAAUAAAAAAAGAAAGAUGGGUUCCACGCGCAGAAAGCUAGGAACCAUGUCAAAGGGGGACUUGGAGCUAAAGUUGGAUCUGAGUAAAGAGGUACCGCUUGCAGCUCAUGUGCAAAAUGUUAUGACAGAACAUGGCUGUCAAAGCAGAGAGAAAGAGCUGAAGCCUGAUAGUUCGGGUUCUGAACCAACUAGAGAAAAGACUGGUGAUCCUCCAAGCACAACGCCGGCUCAUCAGACAGGCAAAGAAAAUCGAACUUCAGACUGUCAUCUGGUUCGCCGUGACAUCUUGGAAAAACGCUCGACCUCGUCCAAACUUGAUGUGCUCUCAGAAUUUGAACUCGCGGGAGAGAAAGCGCAAACUGGGAUCUCACAGGAAGUCCCGAGUGCAACAAACUCAUGGUAAUCAAAGUGAAGACGACAACAUGAUACAAACACAACCUGAGACAAGCGCACACCAACACGCUGAUGACGCCUUUCAAGGACCUGAAGAAUUACAGAGCAAUGAAGGUGAUACCGAACCAUCAUCCAACAUCAUUUCAAAGUCUGUGAGAAACAAGACAUCUGCGAAAGUGACGCCAUCCCGAGCCCAUCAGGAUCCAGUCCACCUGGGGCAAGACACUCAGAAUGUUUCUUUUGGUAAGCCAUCUGACUUGAAAGCAAACCCCUAUAAUGUGGUCAUGGUUGGAGACAGCAGCGUGGGCAAGACCUCCUUCAUGAAACGAGCACAAAAUGGGAAAUUCUUUCCGGAUUUGCCCGCCUCGGCUGGCCUUGAUACAUGCUUGUGGACUGUGAUCGUGGAUGGCAAACCUGUGGAGUUACAGCUGUGGGAUACAGCAGGUCAAGAAAGGUUUCGCAGUAUCACCAAUCAGAUAUUCCAUAGAGCGCAUGCAUUUCUCCUGAUGUACGACAUCGCUUCCUCUCAAAGCUUCACCGCCGUCCACUACUGGGCAAGCUGCAUUCAGGAAGGGGCCAUGGAAAACAUUCCCAUUUUACUUCUGGGAAACAAAAGUGAUCGCACGGAGCGUACUGUUACAACUGAAGAGGGUCAGAAUCUUGCAAAGGAGUUCAAUAUAGAUUUCAUCGAGUGCAGCGCUGUCACCGGCGACAACGUGAUUCAGUCUUUGGAAGCAGUUGCCAGGUUGUUGAGUCAGAAAGAUGACAGAAGACAGGAAACGCUGGCAUUACAUAAAGAACCUCCAAAGAAGAAAUCAGGAUGUUGUUGAACCGAGGAGGAAGAAGUGGUGGAGUACUGUAGUGUGUUAUCACGGAGCAUCUGGGGAGGAAUUUAUUUAGGUAAAAGAAAACGGGAAAAAAACAUCUGGUCACAAUAUUAGGUACACAUGCACAAUCUAAUGAGCUCUCAAUACAAUAACUUUAAUUACAAUAUCCGCUUCUACCAAGUUCCAUGUCGCUAGAAAUGCAUGGUGGUAGAUGACCAGAUGAUGUUUUAUGGAUCUCGUAACAGCAUUUUUUUUACAAUAUUUGUAAGGAAAAAAAGUGGUCAAAAUCGAUCACAAAUAGCGUUACAAACACACAGUAGUAGUAAAACUAUGCCAAAGGACUAUAAAUCAAAUAGUGUUGUAUACUUAACUGGCAACUCUAAAUUGCCCGUAGGUGUGAAUGUGAUUGCAAAUGGUUGUAUGUUUAUAUGUGCCCUGCGAUUGGCUGGCAACCGGUUCAGGGUGGACCCCACCUCCUGCUCGAUGAUAGCUGGGAUAGGGUCCAGCACGCCCGCGACCCUAGUGAGGAGAAGCGGCUCAGAAAAUGGAUGGAUGUUGUAUACUGUUGUGAUUGACAAGAGUAAUACUUAACGUUUAUUAGGUUGUAAAUGUAUUACAAUGCUGUGAAAUGUAAUGUUUACUUUUAGGUAAUCAAAGUGUUGUCAGAUGCUGGUCAAUUUAUAAUUUGACUGACAAACAACACAAACAGCUGCGUAAAUUGUUUUACUUGCAUUGUGAAACGCUGCUUAAUAAAGCUCCAGACGACAAACA